AGUGAUUAAUUACGCGUGACGAAGAAAAGCUGUGCCGUAAAUAAUUAAUUAUCCGUACUACAUUCCAUAACGCCGUUGGAUUGGCUCAUUCUUCAAUUCGUCCAAAGCACCGCUCACUCACUGAGUCGCUUUUCAAAGUUUCAACUCGGCUCAGCAACCACUUCGCUGCUUCUUCUUCUUCUCAGCAACAUUUUCCACUAUUAAAUCUGCAGAAGGCUUUGAAGUAGUACUAGUUUUCUGGAAGAAGCUUUCACAUUCAUUAGGUUUAGAAUAAAAUGAGGGGUAAGGUGGCGCGGCGAAAUAAUGGUAGAGUUGUAGAACGAGGUGCACCUUCGGUGGAGAGUGAUUUUGUUAACUCGAUAAAAGCAGUUACGGAAUUCCCUCGCUCGUCGUUUGAGUUCUAUGUCUGGUCGGAUCAGGGAGUUAAUCUUGAAGUUGAUUUUACUUCGUCUCUGUCAGAUUGGACUAAUAAGUUUAAAAAUGAGGUUCGGGUGAGUGACAAUGUGAACGGAAACAAAUCUCGGAGUCUUCGGCAGGAUCUCAGUGGUUUAAGAGAUAAAUCUUCGUUCUUGUGGGAUACGAAUUAUAGUCAAGUUGUUGAUUGUGAUGGACAGUCGUCAGAGUUGAAAUUGACCGAAGACGGUGUUGCGGUGUUAGGUGGUGAAAGAAUGACUGUAAAAGUAGCAAAGGAUUUACUGGAAAAUUGUUCAAAGCCUUUAAUGUCUGAUCCCGGCAAGCUGGAGGUUCAACAUUCAAAGCCUGAUAAUGGAGGUUCUGGGAAUUGCUGUCUCCCAAAGGGUUCUUGUAUUUAUGUGGAAUUGCAUAAUUCGGAAGUUGCAAGUUGUCAUAAAUAUGCAUCAGUUUCACCCGGUGAUGGUGAUGGAUCCCCAGAUUUAAGUGAUCAAAAGAACACUUCUAAAAUGAAACACUUUCGGAAGGAGGCCAAGAGUGUUAAUGGAAGGAGGCGUUCAGGAUGCUCCCAAUUUGAUGGCCCACUUAAGAAGUCUCGCCUAGAUUAUGAUGAUCAAGUUUCCAAAACGGAACUUCACAAAAAGAGGAAAGACAGAUACCCCGAGAUUCAAGGUUCAAGUGGUAAACCUGCUGCAAGAAUUUUAAGGAGCAUGGCGAAAACUGGUCUUAUGGUCCUCCCUAGAAGAUCCCCAAGGCUAAAGUGAGUUCAUGCAGUGCUUUGUGCGCCCUUCGAAGGCAUUAGUUCUAGACAUUUUAAUGAAACUAAAAUCCAAUGUUCAAAAAUGGAAGCAUGACAUUUAGUAGGUGGCAUUAUUCUUCUGGAAGAGUUAUACAGAAAGUAAUUAAAAGCAAAGUAUUCUUUCAGGUAGAUUUCAGUUAAACAGUUACAAGUUCUUUCUAGUUUUGGUAUUUAGAAACUAUAAAAUGAUUGUUUGUAUUUUUAUGUAACCUUUAAGGUACUAUUUCUGAUUGUAUAUGGAUAGGGAUGCGUUUGUAUCAUUGAGUUGAUUUAGCUUGAUGUCAGCAUAUUCGGGGGAAUAAUGGAAUUUGAAUAUUGAAACAAGCAUUAGUUGAAUUAAAAAAAAUAUAGUUUGUCCCGUUAAA